GCGCGGCGGGAAAUUAUUUCCCAGAGCCCGGAUUAGUGAAGCAGCCAGUGCUGCAGCGGCAGUCGUCUUCCCUGUCACCGGCGCCGCGCGAAGGAAGCAGCUCAGAAACUCCGGCCGGGAAGAUGGAAGAUGGUGCCCCAAAGCAUAUCAUACAGAUGACAGGAUUUAAGAUGGAAGAAAAAGAAGCUCUAGGCAAAUUGCUUUUAAAACUAGAUUGCACUUUUAUUAAGAGUGAGAAAUACAAAAACUGUACACAUCUUAUAGCUGAACGCCUGUGUAAGAGUGAGAAAUUUUUAGCAGCUUGUGCAGCAGGAAAGUGGGUACUAACUAAGGACUACAUAAUUCAUAGUGCCAGAAGUGGCAGAUGGCUUGAUGAAACAACUUAUGAAUGGGGAUAUAAAAUUGAAAAAGACUCUCAUUAUUCACCUCAAAUGCAGUCAGCACCUAGAAGAUGGCGUGAAGAACUAAAACGAACUGGUGCUCCAGGAGCCUUCCAUAGAUGGAAGGUUGUCCUCCUUGUUAGAGCUGAUAAACGAAGUGAUUCUCUUGUAAGAGUUUUGGAGGCUGGAAAAGCAAAUGUUAUUUUACCCAAAAAUUCACCAAGUGGAAUAACUCAUGUGAUUGCCAGUAAUGCGAGGAUCAAGGCUGAACAAGAAAAAGAUAACUUUAAGGCUCCAUUUUAUCCAAUUCAGUAUCUAGGGGAUUUUCUUUUAGAGAAAGAAAUUCAGAAUGAUGAAGAUUCCCAGACUAAUUCUGCUUGGAAAAACCAUAGCAAUCAAGAAAAAAACAAAGAUUUCAGGAAAGAUACAGGAUUUCUUGAAAUGAAAGGUGCCUUAAAAGAGACCAUGUGCAGAACCCAGAAGGAAAUGAAAAAUUAUGAUGAAGAUGUUAGUAUUAGUUCUACUUUGACUGAACAUCACAGAAAAGAAAAAUUCAGAGAUUCUAGUAAAGAUUUGAAAUUGGUUAAAAUGAGACAUGCCUUAGGAAGGCACCCAUGUGGAAAUCAGAAGGAAAUUAAGAAAAAGGAUGAAGAUGUUCAUCAUAGGAGUUAUACUUUGAGGAAAAAACGCAAAAAAGAGAAAGAAAGAGAUACCAGGAAGGACAUCAGACACGACAAAAGUACCUUAAGAAAGCACAUUUAUAGAGAUCAGAAAGAAAUGAAGAUUUCUGUUUUUGCUGAUCAUGCCAAAGAAUCAAAAACCAAGGAUAUCCGGACAGAUGUGGAUAUUGUUGAUGUGAAAAAUGCCUUAAGGAAACACAUAUAUAGAGCUCAGGCUAUAAGAUACAGCUGCAUUAGAAUAGAUAAACAACCAGUAUACAAUGUUGAGGUUAAAAAUGCUGAAUUUCCCCGAGGUGUAUUAAAUUUAAUUGAAAGCCUCAUUGAAGGACAGUUUUUUAAAGAAGCAAUUGAGGAACUUUCCUCCUUGCAAGCACAUUAUAUCCCUCCUGUAUGCCUUCUUCAUGCUCUUCUAGAGAACAUUCUACAGGAUAACAUAGAUACGUUUUCUGGUCGAUACUUUCAUAUAUUGUCAGCUCUUCUUCACCUCCACCCUCCUUGGAAGUCCCCAGCCAUGUCAAGAUAUUACUUAGAGUUGUUUCAGUGUCCAACUUGUAUGAAAGGGGCAUGGUCUCUAAUAGAAGUGCUUAUCAGGUCUUGCCUUUUCAAUGAAAGUUUCUGUCAUCAAAUUUCAGAAAAUAUUAUUGGCUCUAAGGUGCUCCACCUGACACUGCUCAAAUUUUUCUUUAAUUUAGUUGAAAGUGAAGUGCGACAUCUGAGUCAAAAAUUGUAUGACUGGUCAGAUUCUCAGAGUCUGAAAAAAACAGGAAAUGCAGUUCUUCUUGAAAUCUUUUGGUCAGGAAGUGAGACCUCUGGGCUUUUGACCAAACCAGUAAAUAUGCUUUUGGAGUGGACUAUAUAUUCUCACAAGGAAAAAUGCAAGUCUAAUGAUGUCUUCAAACAUGAACUAGCUUACUUAUUGGCUGGAAUUCUUGGAGCAGCAAUAGAUUAUUGGAUCUUUCUUGGUCUUAAGAUGGGUAGAAAUGUGAUGCGACACAUGUCUGAUGACUUAGGAAAUUAUGUUUCCCUUUCCUGUGAUGACUUUUCUUCACAGGAAUUAGAGAUUUUUAUUUGUUCCUUUUCCUCUUCCUGGCUUCAAAUGUUUGUUGCAGAGGCAGUCUUUAAAAAGUUGUGUUUACAGAGUUCCAUCAGUAUUUCUUCUGAGCCACUCUCUCUUCAGAAAAUGGUAUAUUCCUAUUUGCCAGCUUUGGGGAAAACUGGUGUGCAUGGGACUGGAAAGAUGCAGAUACCAAAGAAAAUAGGACAGCGGCCUUGCUUUGAAUCUCAGAGGGCCUUAAUCAUGCUGAAUGGUGCUAAACAGAAACAAGUUGAAGGGCCGCCAGAGUUACCAGAGCUGAAUCUUGCUAAGUGUUCCUCAUCAUUAAAGAGACUGAAAAAGAAGUCAGAAGGAGAAUUGUCAUGUUCCAAGGAGAAUUGCCCCUCUUUAGUUACAAAGAUAAAUUUUCACAAGACUAAUUUAAAAGGAGAAACAGCCCUCCAUAGAGCUUGCAUAAAUAACCAAGUGGAGAAAUUGAUUCUUCUUCUCUCUAUGCCAGGAAUAGACAUCAAUGUUAAAGACAAUGCUGGCUGGACGCCUUUGCAUGAAGCCUGUAACUAUGGCAACACAGUGUGUGUCCAGGAAAUUUUGCAGCGUUGUCCAGAGGUAGAUCUGCUCACUCAAGUGGACGGGGUGACUCCUUUGCAUGAUGCACUGUCAAACGGACAUGUAGAAAUUGGCAAGCUGCUACUCCAGCAUGGGGGCCCAGUGCUUUUACAGCAGAGGAACUCUAAGGGGGAGUUGCCCUUAGAUUAUGUAGUAUCAUCUCAAAUCAAGGAGGAACUAUUUGCUAUUGCAAAAAUAGAAGAUACAGUGGAGAACUUUCAUGCACAAGCAGAGAAGCAUUUUUACCACCAGCAACUUGAAUUUGGCGCAUUUUUACUUAGUAGGAUGUUGCUAAAUUUUUGUUCAAUUUUUGACUUAUCUUCAGAGUUCUUAGCUUUCAAAGGAAUAACUCAUCUAAAUGAGCUGCUUAUGGCUUGUCAGAAUUAUAAGGAAACCACUAGUGCUCACACUGACUGGUUAUUGGAUCUUUAUGUUAGAAAUAUAAAGACAUUGCAGAAGCUCCCAAAUAUUCUUAAGGAACUGCCUGAGAACUUAAAAGUCUGUCCUGGAGUACACACUGAGGCCUUAUUGGUGACGCUGGAAAUGAUGUGUCGCAGUUCCUGUACAAAGUGUAUUUCUACUCCAUGUAACCACUAUUCUACAACACAGAGACAACAUUACAGAGCAAUGCAACACCAAAAAGCAGAGAGAAACUGGAGGAUUAAAUGAUGGCUACGUUUAUCAAAAGCUGUACCUUAAAUUCCUUUAAAGGGAGUUGACUACUGUGUGAUUAAAUUCAGAAUUGUUUUCUUUUAUCAUAGAUCUGGAAAAAAUUCCCUUCUUAAUAGGUAUUAUUGUCUACAAUGUUAAUUCAGAUGUAAGCAUUCAGUCUUCUAUUUGAGAGAACUCCGAGUGCAAGUGUCUUCCCACUGUUGUCGAGAGCAUAUUAUUUUGCACCUCUUCUGUGAAGAUGAGGAAAAUGGUUUCCUGUAAGUUACUGUUUAAGUAGUACAACAUUCAAAGUACAACAUUUUAACAACUGUUUUAUAUAAAUACAUUGGAUACCUAUAUCAUAACUACAGUACGCUGGAGAGUAUCACAUCAUUGUGUUUUGGGGGGUAGCUUUCUCACCUGCUUGGCAGAGUUGUCAUGGUCAUGGGCCUUGCAAGUACAUGUGUGUUCCUUGUAUUAGCAUCAUAGUGCUACAAGAAUGGACAGUGUGUACCUGUCAUCCCGCAUUAUAAGAGAGUUAGUAUGCCUGAUAUCCCACAGAAGUUUUUCCUCUAUUAUAUCUGAAAAUGGUUCUUUUUAAUCCUACAGGUUAAUUUAAAAAAUAAUGUUCAGCAAUUUCAAGCAAAUAAAACAAAGCACCACAUUGAUCUACUUUAAAACUACUUCUUCAAACAUACAUAGUAUUUUAUUUUUCUGGGUGGGUUCCCAUGUGCUUCAGAGACUUUGCUAUGGUUUGCUAGUCUCUGUGUUAAUGGAAUCUGAAGUUUGUAAGAGUUCCAGAACAAAGGUAAAGGCCAAGUAUUCCAUUGUUUAAGUUUGGAGAGUUUUAUUAGUUGACAUACAUUGAUUUCCAUGAUUUCAGUAUUACAAGUUAUAACACAGAUUUUGACUGGUAAUUGUCAUAGUCAGUACUGUAUAAAGGAGGAAUGUUUUGUGGGAAUGAUGCAGAGCUUAGAAGAUUUCUGGUUUUCCGAAUAGCUUUAUUAAAAGAAGAUCUCUGAACUUGGGGCAGAUACUGGCAUUUCCUCCCUUCACCUCUCUUCUGUGAUCUAGCUAUCUUUGUAAUUAAGUUUCAUUGUUGUCUGAGGUGUGUCUCCAGUAAUCAAGAGACAAUUAAGAGUGGUUGGGGCCAGGUAUGCACCUCUCUGUUUGCAGCAUUUCCCCUAAACUUACCAUUUGAACUCUGGCAAAAUAAAAUGCCUCAAGUUGACUCUCAUCAUUUUGAAGUUUGUCUUUGACCAGAACGUGGAACUAAGCCUAUCUUACCAUCUUGCCUCACAAGUAGCAGCAGCAACCCGACUCAGCCAGGUGUCUUCAGAUGCAGUUAUCCUGAGAAAAUAAGAGGUGGUUUGUAGGCUCACUCCUUGACUCUCAGGUUAGUCACUCCUUCUCUCUUUUGAAGGACCAUUGAAGAACCUAUAGCAGGAGAGAACUAAGUUGCAUUUUAUUUAUGCUACAAACUGAAAAAUACUUUUGCAUAGCUACUUACCUAUUUCUGUUUUCCUUAGUGCAAAUAGAUUUUUCUGGUUAAUCUAGUAACACUGUUGAGUAGAGCAGAAGAGCAGGGCCAUUUUAUUACCUUUUCUAAAAUGGAGUCAUAUAAUUUUUCAGUGACGUUUGGAGACACAACGUCAACAACCGUUGCAUAAAUGACAAACCUGUCUGCAAAAACACUGUGCAUGCAGCACAGCACUUUUUGUUAUUGUUAGUUCAGAAUGUGAAGGAAGAGCCCAAUAAAUUGAAACUCAUUUGAAGCCAAUUACAUAUUUCAUUGUUAUCCCCCUCCCCCCUUUUUUUGUUCUUAACCCCGAUGCCCUUGGAAAAGCACAGGUAGAAUCAUUAAAUUCCAGCAAACUUUUUAGUGUUGUUAGUUUCUACAGCAUGUGACCUCUCUGGACAUUUAAUGCUUCUUAGCUCUGCAUAAUAUUCUUACAUAAUGAGAGAUUUUCCUUGGUGUUUCUUAAAUCUCAGAGAUUCAGCUAAAAUAAAUCUUAUGAUGUGACUGCAACUGUACAAAUGUAGAAACUGAGGAAGAGGUAACAAUUUCACCAAAAAAAAAAAUUUCGUUUUUUCUUCAAGUGAGUUACACCAGUCAUCCUGGGAAAGAGAAUUGUAAUCUAAAGGAGUGACACUAUUGUAAGUAUUAAUUACAUUAUUUUUUAUGUGGUUUUAAUUCAUACCUGACCAAGCAAUUAGAAAAGGCUGAUUCUAGAUACUCUGAUCAAAGGAAUAGGCAUCUGUACACACACACACACACUCACUCACAUUUGACAUUAAAGCCCCAGAAUUUAAGCAUUAAUUUACUAAUACCUGAGGCUUUUGCAAGAAGUACAAUGGUGGCUUUCUUUACCUGUGUUUCUGGAGCAAGUAACUAACUGCCUUAUAUAUUUUGGUCUCUUUUUUAUGGAGUAUAAAACUGAAAAAUAAACAUUUAGGUACAUUUAACAAAUGUAUAAAUUAAAAUUAAAGCCUCUGAAUAAGACUUGUUAAUACAAAAGUAGAGUACUCAGCAUUAGAGGCAUUUGGAUAUUGAGAUCAAAAUGGAAAUACAAAAUUCCUAUGGUCCCUGGAUAAGAGCGCUUACUACUAAAUUUUUCUUCACUUUUACAUGACACAAUGAAAUUCUGUAGAAACAGAUCAAUUAAAAUUUGCUCCAGAUUUGAUUUUGAUAUACUAUUACUGGUUUGACCAUUGCCUAUGACAUGGCAAGUCAUACAGUAGGUACUCAAUAAAUAUAUCACAAAGCAAAGUCAUUUAAAGAACCUUUAAAUUCAGAUUAUCUUAGUGCAUGGAGUGGUUCAAAAAAUUUGGAAUGCAUACAGCAUCUGUCAGUUUGAGUCUGUGGAACAGUACCAAAAAUGAACAAGAAGUACCAUGUUUUUAUAAAUGGAAAAAAGUUUUAAAUAGGCAUUUCCUAUG